UGUUCCCCUUAAUUUCUACCUAAACAUUUCAUUAUAACAAUAUGUAUCCUCUCACCACAUACCACUUGCACCAAAUCUUCAACGAGCUAGACCGGAACAAGGACGGCCUAGUGAGCAUCGACGAGCUCAUGUCGCUCCUCACCAGGCUCGGCAUGCAUGCUAAACAGGCCGAGCUUGAGCUUCUAGUGGGCGAUGACAAAGCCCUCGACUUUUUCAACUUCCUCUUCUUCUACCAAUCCUUGAACAAAAUCAUUGUUCAAGAAAAUCGUGACCAAAUCAAGGAGGAUGACCUUGAAUUCCCUGACGACGAUCUUAGGAAGGCGUUCUGGGUUUUUGAUCUAAACAACGACGGGUUCAUCUCCGGGGAGGAGCUGCGGAUUGCAUUAGGUAGGUUAGGAUUAUGGGAUGAGAAGAGUUGUGGCCAUGAUUGUAUGCAAAUGAUUGGCGUCUACGACACGAAUUCCGAUGGAUUGCUAGAUUUCGAGGAGUUUAAGGAAAUGAUGUCAAUUGAUUCCUUGGAAUCUUGUUAGAACUUUGCUAGUUUGACCCUAAUAUUUUAGUUUAGAAAUAAUAAAAAAUAAUACUAUGUCGGUUAAAA